CCGUACUCAACCUAACAAUGGAACCUUCACCGUUAAAAAAUUUAACUUUUCCUAAUUUGUGUUAAGUGUGUGAGACUGUGAGAGGCUUCCCAAUCGGCUCGGCCGGGCCCAGCCCAUCACUUAUCCCACCAGGCGUAUUUAUUCAUCAAAUCCCCUUUCUUCAUCUUCAAAUCUCCGUCGCCUUCUUUCUCUUCAACUCCUCAGAUCCCGUCGUCUUCUGCAAGUCUCCGAAUCCACCCGACCGACCUUUGAAGAUCUUCUACGAUGAGUAUCAUGCACGAGAUUGUGAAAGAAUCGCAGGCAGUAAUGAAUGAACUUCAUAAGAUACAAGGGGCACUGGUUCAGAGGCAGUACCUCAUGAAGAAGAAUCUGGCUCUAACCAGAUUUGGAUGCUAUGUGUGUGCUCUGGCCACUGGGACAUCCGUUUUUGUCCUCUUGAGCUCUAGGGGCUCUAGGGAGUCCACUGCCCCUGCAGGCGUUGCUGCCCGUGCCCCUGCUGCCCCUGGGAUGGUCUAACUCUAGGUACUAAGAAUGACUUGAAUAACUUCCAAGUGUUUGAACAAUGGUGUUUAUUUAAUAAGCCUUCAAGCCUGAACUUAAUUAGCUACUGUUAAGUACUAAUGAUGCUUAUGACUACAUAAAAUUUUACUUGGUAGUAAAAAUUACGUGCUGAAAUAGUAUUUUGAAAAUCCGAUUGAACCGCAGAGGGUUGUACAAUGCACUAGUGACUCACUUGGUUCAAUCAUUGUUUUGAUUUCGAAAACUACAAAUGUCGCACUUGUCUGUAAAACGAGCAUGUAGUGUCGUGUUCACUCUUUGAUCGGUUGUUUGUGAGAAGGUGAAUUGAAAAUGGAGUGCCAUUAAUAUUUUUCGUAGCAUUUUAGUUAUAAAUGUUACGAAAUUGA